AUGUUAUGCACGGAUGCGACCGUAGUCUUAGAUGUAAUGAAUACAGAUGCCAAUAAAACAGUUGAUCAAGAAGAACAAAUUAGAUGCAGAACGAUCGCUAUUCGUCGGCUUAUUCGAAAGAUCGACUGGCGAUUUAUUCCAUUUUUGUUUCUUCUCGAAAUGUUACAGUAUCUUAUUCGUAUUAGUAUUGGUCACGCUAAAUUAAUGGACAUCGGCAAGGAUAUAGACCUAUCAACGACUGAUCAGCAAUUAGCGGUUUCACUUUUCUUCGUAGCUUAUCUGAUCUUUGAGCUACCCAGUAUUUUCCUGAUGCGUUAUCUGGGACCAGCUUCGUAUCUUCCCAUCAGUAUUUUUGCAUGGGGUUCCCUCACUGUUGGCAUGGCUUUCGUUAAUAAUGCUCAAGCACUCUUUGCAGUUCGAUUUCUUCUCGGUAUCGCUCAAGCAGCAUUUUUUCCCGGUCUCGUCAUAUACAUCUCAAUAUGGUAUCCUAAAAAGUAUCAUAUGAUGAGACUUGCAAUUCUCUAUGGCGCUGCGAUCACUGCUGGUGCAUUAGGUAGCAUUCUCGCAUAUGGUUUCAAAAAGAUGGAUGGUAGUAGAAAUCUGAAUGGAUGGCAAUGGAUGUUCUUGAUUGAAGGUUUACCAAUGAUUCCCCUUGGUAUUGCUACGUUCUUUCUGCUUAGUAACAUACCCGAUAAUGCAGAUUGGUUAACUAUGCACGAGAGGAACCUUUUGAUCAAUAUUCUCCUUCAAGAUACACCUGUCGUUCAGUUCGAUCAUCGUCGACUUUCCUGGCGACAAGUUUCUCAUGCAUUUAUUGAUCAUCGAGUUUAUCUCUAUGUUUUGAUCACAACUGGUGUUUUAGGUAUUAUCAAAUACCUUUCAACAUAUCUCCCAUCGAUUAUCAAAGACAUGGGCACUUCAACCGAAGUGGUACAAUUAAUGACAGCACCACCAUACGGUUUUGCAUUUCUAAUGUGUUUACUAGUUGCGUAUUCAUCUUCAAGAAAAAAUGAACAUGGAUUUCAUUUAGUGUUCUGCCUAUUUGUUGCUCUACUGGGUUUUAUCCUUCUAGCUGCUGUAAACAAUUUUAGUCAAACAGGAAUGUAUGUGAUCGGUUGUGUUAUUUGUUGUGGCGUAUUUUCCGCACUUCCUAUAUUAUUAUCCUGGGCGACGAACAAUAUCGAUGGUCACACAAAGAAAUCAAUCGCUAUCGGAUUCAUGAUUGGUGCUGGCCAACUCGGUGGUAUCAUAUUCCCUCUAAUUAAUGAUGACAUCUCAACUAGUCGACGCAAUAAUCUUAUUUGUCUUGGAAUAUUAGCAGUUAGUUUAAUUGCGACGAUUAUUUUACGUGUUUGCUUGAUAGUUGAAAAUCGACGACGAGAAAGACUAACCCCGGAAGAAUAUGAAUAUGAAGCAAAUAUUAAAGAACCGUGUGAUUGGCAUCCCAGUGUUCGAUACACCCUUUGA